CUUUGACUUUCUGUCAUGUACAAAAUUGCCAACGCUGCGACAAGUUGCCAAUAACACUGCAUCUAAGCGAUAGUCGCGAGAGAAACAGCACCUUACCGGCUGGGCCAGCACCCGAUAAAACUUCGACAAAAUGUCGAACCAGUCCUUCCUUAAUCAAGCAGCCCCCGAAAAUUAUGUUGCAGGUCUCGGUCGUGGUGCCACCGGCUUCACGACACGAUCCGACCUGGGACCAGCGCGUGAAGGCCCAAGCGAAGACCAAAUCAAGGAGGCCGUCGCCAAGAGAUCUGCACAGCUUGGUCUGACGGGUGAUAAGAAAGGAAAGAAGGACGAAGCCAAAGAUGUGGACGACGGCAGGUAUCAGGAUCCGGAUAACGAGACAGGCCUGUUCUCUGGUGGCAUCUACGACAAGGACGACGAGGAGGCCGAUAGGAUAUGGAAAGAGGUUGAUGACAAGAUGGCCAAGCGCCGUCAGAAACAAAGAGUACCAACCAGCGUCUUCUGAUCCACAGGGAGGCUCGUGAAAAAGCCGAGCGGGAAGAAUACGAGCGCAAGAACCCUAAGAUUCAGCAGCAGUUCUCCGACCUCAAGCGAGCGCUGGGAAGCGUCACGGACGAGGAAUGGGCGACGCUACCUGAGGCCAAGGACUUUACUGGCAAGAACAAGCGAGCCAGGACCGCAGCCCACCAGAGAUUCUACGCUGUGCCAGAUAGCGUGCUCGCAGCUGCCCGCGACUCAUCAGAAAUGACGACUACGGUUAACGACGACGGCGGCGCCUCUACAACUGGUGACGGGACCAUGACCAAUUUCGCAAAGAUCGGUGCGGCCCAGAACAAGGUGCUGCAGUCUCGACUAGACCAGGCAUCUCAAGCAAGUGGCAUGGCUAGCUCCCUAGGGACGUCGACCAGCGUGGACCCCAAAGGCUACUUGACAUCUCUUGGGAAGCUCGAGUCGGCAGAGCAGGUCAGCGUGGGCGAUGUCGACUUUGCGCGGAAGCUGCUCAAGUCUGCCACCGAGUCAAACCCCACAAACGCGCCGGGUUGGAUCGCAGCGGCACGAGUGGAGGAGCUUGCGGGCAAGUUCGUCGCCGCGCGCAACAUAUUAGCGCGCGGAUGCAAACACUGUCCUAAAAGUGAAGACUUGUGGCUGGAGAACAUUCGACUUAACGAGGGACGUAACGCCAAGAUCAUCGCGGCGGAUGCCAUCAAGGCCAACAUGCGAUCGGUCAGGUUGUGGGUCGAGGCCAUGAAGCUCGAGGCAGAUCCCAUGUCAAAGAAGAGGGUUAUACGACGUGCGCUGGACCAUAUUCCCGAGUCUGAGGCCCUAUGGAAGGAGGCAGUGAACUUGGAGGAUGACCAGGACAACGCUCGCCUGCUGCUUGCCAAGGCGACAGAGUUGAUCCCUGCCUCCAUCGACCUGUGGCUCGCGCUCGCCCGACUCGAGACGGUUGAUGGAGCCAAGGCGGUACUGAACAAAGCGCGCAAAGCCAUCCCAACAUCGCAUGAGAUCUGGAUUGCGGCCGCUAGGCUACAGGAGCAGAUUGGAUCAGACCCGAACGGUAUCGUCAUGCAAAAGGCUAUCGCAAAGCUUGCAGAGCUUGGAGCCAUGCCGAAGCGAGAGGAAUGGAUUGGCGAGGCAGAAAAGUGCGAGGAGGAGGGCGCUGUUAUCACGUGCAACAAUAUUAUACGGGAGACGCUGGGAUGGGGAUUGGACGAAGAUGACGAUCGCAAAGACACGUGGAUGGAGGACGCCAGGGCGAGCAUCAACAGGGAAAAGUACGCUACGGCCCGAGCGAUUUACGCAUAUGCGCUCAGGGUGUUUGUCAACAGCAAGACUUUAUGGUUGGCUGCUGUGGAUCUAGAGAGGAAUCAUGGCACCAAGGAGGCCCUGUGGCAGGUUCUCGAAAAAGCAGUCGAGGCCUGUCCGCACAGCGAGGUACUCUGGAUGAUGCUGGCCAAGGAGAGGCUUCUGGCUGGGCAGCUCAACGAGGCGCGCCUGGUUCUUGGCCGGGCAUUCCAACAGAACCCCAACAACGAGGACAUUUGGCUCGCGGCCGUGAAGCUCGAGGCAGAUCACAACGAGAUCGACGAGGCGCGGCGGCUGCUCACAGUGGCACGGCAAAAUGCGCCUACAGACCGCGUCUGGAUGCGCAGUGUGGCGUUCGAGCGACAGCUGGACAACAAGGACGCUGCGCUGGAGUUGGUUCAGGAGGCUUUGCAGCUGUUCCCGGCUGCGCCAAAGCUGUGGAUGAUGAAGGGCCAGAUAUACGAGGAUAUGGGCCAGGUACCGCAGGCCAGGGAGGCAUACGGUACGGGUGUCAAGGCGGUGCCGUCUUCGGUUCCGCUCUGGCUUCUCUACUCGCGACUUGAGGAGCGCAACAAGAACGUGGUCAAGGCUCGCAGUGUGCUGGACCGAGCGCGGCAGGCAGUUCCCAAGUCGCCGGAGCUGUGGUGCGAGCUGAUCCGGGUGGAGCGGCGGGCGGGCAACACAACGCAAGCCAAGAAUCUCAUGGCGACGGCGCUGCGGCAGAUGCCGCGCAGCGGGCUGCUGUGGAGCGAGCGUAUCUGGCACCUCGAAGAGCGGACCAAGCGCAAGCCGCUCUCGCUAGAGGCCAUCAAACAGGUUGAGACGGAUCCGCAGCUCUUCGUCUCAGUCGCGCGCAUCUUCUGGGGCGAGCGUAAGCUGGACCGGGCGCAGACGUGGUUCGAGAAGGCAUUGCUGCUCGACGGGGACGUGGGCGACUCUUGGGCCUGGUACUACAAAUUUUUGCUCCAGCAUGGCACCGAGGAGAAGCGCGCCGACGUGGUCGCCAAGUGCGUAGCUGUCGACCCGCGACACGGCGAGCACUGGCAGCCCGUCGCCAAAGAUCCCAAGAACGCGAAGAAGAGCGUCGAGGAGAUUCUCACACUUGUUGCUGCGUCUCUGGGGACAAGAUGAACAAGUCCCACGUCGCAUGGAUUUUUAAAUGCAUGUAUAAAUAUUGAUACUAGACUUGUUUUAUUACUCUGUUCUCGCGAUUAUACCUACCUACCUGGCUAUCUUAUUUACAAGAGCGCAGCCACGUGGACAUUGAACAAGAAAACACCACGCAUUCGGGCAGUUGGUAGUCUUUGCUGAGGAAUUACAACAAAUAUGUCGCCCCUUUGUUGGCAGAGUUGGCCAGCCUUGAUCCAUCUUGGGCUGCACAGAAUGCAACGCGACGCGACGCUCUCGUGCGUUCUACCAUGGGGCCAGUCCCCGAGUUCGAACCCGUCCCGAGACAUGCGUUUACUCGUGCGAUACACAUGGGCUUGGUACCACCAAGGGGCUGGAAUAUUGCAAUUUAGUCAGGGAACCCCGAUAUUGCCACCUCCUGCAACUAUGCUUAUCGCAAUGGCGACGUGGAGAGACAAUUCGAAUAUCGCUCAGAUGAACCCUGGCGUUGGGCUUGUAAAUUGAGCCCGAUGUCGACCGGACAAACGUCGAUCAUCUGAUGGGCAAAAUUGCCAAAGUACUUGGUGCGAAGUACAACUCUGGACGGGAGCGGCGAGAUUGUUGUUUUAGAGUGUUCUGAGAAGUUCGAAAGCAAGGCUUCCUUGACACUUUGUUAUUUAUUAUUUCGGAUGAUGGCCUCGACAUGACUUGAAGCACUGCCAUUGUAGGCAUGUAUUCGAGCCUAUCUUGGGUGCUCAGGCAUUGAUGUGCACUUUUUUAUGAUUGGACGGGUGCGUACAUGGUACGCCUUCAUUGAUGAGCACCAGAGACAGUUUGACCAAGAGCAAGGAUCAAUUUUGCUGCUGAGGACCCAAGGAUGAAACAAACCUUCUUCAAAACGACCGGCCACUGACAGGUCAUGUGGUGAUGAUGGAAGAAGUGGGGACCAUCUCAAUCUAAGUUUUCUAUCAAAUUGCGUGGUAACAUUCAAGCGCUUCGAAGUUUGUUGGAAAAGUUGUUGCCCGGUUCAUCCUUACUCGUCGCUAUCCGACGUUGACUUGGACGGGGAAGAUGAUCUUGAUCAAUGGAAAUAGAGAGAAGUUUUGUAGGUGGUACACUGGCCCAACAGCUAACUUGACAAGUCAUGCUCAACGGAUGCCUGGCGAAAACCAAGAUCCAAGAUCCAAGGUCUUGACCAGAUCGCCGCAAAGUUUCGGGCAUGUCGGAGAUUAUGAUGCGCAUUCAUCCACCUUCAGUUUUCCUACAUUUUGUCUUUUAUUGCAGUAGCAAUCGUGAGUAACUGAAGCUCAGGAAGACGAUCUAAUGACAAGAGAGGGCAAGUAAUAAAAUUAAUAAGAAAUAGGAAAGAUCAGGAAUGAAGCCAAAGUGUUUUUUUUUUGGCCUUGGUCGACAUGUCAAGAAAAUAAUUAAGUUGUUCGAUGGAAAUACGCCCGAGCCCCUGAACUCCAAAACGCUCUCGAUGGC